CCAAAGCCGGAGGAGGACUGACGCUGCCCUCCUGGAAAGGGAGGGUGAGGAAGGGAAGAGAGAGAGGCCAAAAAACCGCCCGUCUCGGCUUUUGAGGCAAGAAGCUGUAGGAAGAAGUAAGCGCAGCGGCAGAGGGAGCAGAGAUGGCGCGGCUGGUGGCGGUCUGCAGGGACGGCGAGGAGGAAUUUCCCUUCGAGAGGCGGCAGAUCCCCCUCUACAUCGAUGACACGCUCACGAUGGUGAUGGAGUUUCCCGAUAACAUGCUAAGCCUGGACGGACAUCAGAACAAUGUAGCACAAUUGAAGCAGUUUAUCCAGCGGCACGGCACGCUGAAACAGCAGGACCUGAACGUGGCCAUGAUGGUGACUUCUCGCGAAGUCCUGAGCGCGCUCUCGCAGCUCGUCCCGUGCGUGGGCUGCCGCCGCAGCGUGGAGCGCCUCUUCUCGCAGCUCGUCGAGUCGGGCAACCCCGCCCUGGAGCCCCUCACGGUGGGCUCGAAGGGCGUCCUCUCCGUCACCCCCAGCUGCAUGAGGGACGCAAAGAAGCUGUACACGCUCUUUUACGUGCACGGGUCCAAAUUAAACGAAAUGAUAGACUCGAUUCCCAAAAGUAAGAAGAAUAAGAGAUGCCAGCUGCACUCCUUGGACACCCACAAGCCCAAACCCUUGGGUGAAGGGAACGGUAGCGCCCCGAGCACAGAGAAGUUAGGUGCAGAUAAGAGAACUAGUGAAGACGAAAGGAAGGAGAGCAGGUGUAAGAUCUCCUUCUGCUACGGACCUUUCCAGGGAGCUGCCAGGGGUUGCUGGAUGGAUGUCUGGGAGCUCAUGUCCCAGGAAUGCAGAGACGAAGUCGUCCUGAUCGACUCCAGCUGCCUCCUGGAAACUCUGGAAACAUACCUGCGGAAACACAGGUUCUGCACCGACUGCAAGAACAAGGUCCUCCGGGCGUACACCAUCCUCAUCGGCGAGCUGGACUGCAGCAAGGAGAAGGGCUACUGCGCCGCCCUGUACGAGGGCCUGCGCUGCUGCCCCCACGAGCGCCACAUCCACGUCUGCUGCGAGACCGACUUCAUCGCCCACCUCCUCGGCCGCGCCGAGCCCGAGUUCACAGGAGGGUAUGAGCGGCGGGAGCGGCAUGCCAAGACCAUAGACAUCGCCCAGGAGGAAGUGCUCACCUGCCUGGGCAUCCACCUGUACGAGCGGCUGCACCGCAUCUGGCAGAAGCUCCGGGCCGAGGAACAGACGUGGCAGAUGCUCUUCUACCUGGGCGUGGACGCGCUGCGCAAGAGCUUCGAGAUGGCUGUGGAAAGAGUGCAAGGCAUCAGCCGGCUGGAGCAGCUCUGCGAGGAGUUUUCCGAAGAGGAGCGGGUGCGGGAGCUGAAGCAGGAGAAGAAGCGGCAGAAACGGAAGAACCGGAGGAAAAACAAGUGUGUUUAUGAGAUCCCGGUGCCCGUGCAAGCGGCGGAAGAGAAGGACAUGAGCGAAGAGAAGGAAAACUUCUUGGAAAGCGGCUGCAAGGCCUGUGGAGGCACCGAAGAGAGGGCGGGCUGCGUCGCGGUCCUCGUCACGAGCGAAAACGCGUCUUGCACUUGUCCCAACAGUGGCACUUUACUGGGUUCACCUAAAAUCAAGAAAGGCUUAUCUGCACAUUGUAACGGCAGUGACUGCGGCUACUCUUCCAGCAUGGAAGGCAGUGAAACGGGCUCCCGAGAGGGCUCGGAUGUUGCUUGCACUGAAGGAAUCUGCAACCAUGACGAAAACGGCGACGACACUUGCCUGCAUCCCUGCGAUGACAAGGAAGAGGACGGGGACAGCUGCGUGGAGUGCUGGGCCAACUCGGAAGACAGCAGCACGAAGGGCAAAAGCAAGAAGAAGAAAAAGAAAAGCAAGAAGUGCGAGGCCGAGCACAUGCAAAAGCUGGCCAACUGCGUGGUGGAGGCGGGCGGCCACGAGGGCUCAGGAAAGGCCUUGCACACGGAGCUCCACCGAGACAAGACCAAAGACCCGCACGCCGAGACCUGUUGUCGCACAGAGAUGGCCCGGCAGCUGGUGCCUUGGUCAGAGCACAGGAAAGUAGCGUCACUGUGUGCGGCAGAUCCUCCGGAGGCGCCUGCUGUCCCCGAUCCUGGGAAGGGCGCCAAAAGCUUGGUGGAACUCCUCGACGAGUCCGAAUGCACAUCCGACGAGGAGCUGUUCAUCUCGCAAGAUGAGAUCCAGUCUUUCAUGGCGAACAACAAGUCUUUCUACAGCAAUAGAGAACAAUACCGACAGCACCUGAAGGAGAAAUUUAACAAGUACUGCCGCUUGAAUGAUCACAAGAGGCCGAUUUGUAGUGGCUGGCUGACAACAGCCGGCGCGAACUAAACCCAAUAAAAUUAGCAAUGUCUUUCAAUGAAA